GCGGCUGUACGGAAACUCUCCACAGCUGACAGGUGGAGGACUUUCAUGAGAGCGCGCGGUGACUUUUUCAGUUCUGGAUGCAGACCAACAGGCCCCUGGUGGAGGUGGUCCGUCUGGGCCUGGUCUCCUAUCAGGAAGGUCUGAGGCUGCAGCAGGUCUUUGUUAACCGACACCGGUCUGGUCCAGCACAUGCACUGCUGCUGUGUCAGCACACGCCGGUCUACACCACCGGGAUCCGGCACAAACCGUACCCGGGGCCCCUGCUGGAAAAGCUUUGCCUGCUGGGGGCCGACGUCCACCGAACCAACAGAGGAGGACUCAUCACCUUUCAUGGACCGGGGCAGCUGGUCUGCUACCCGGUCCUGAACCUGGGAAGCUUCAGGAAGAGCGUUCGCUGGUACGUCGGUCAGCUGGAGAAGACCGUCAUUACCCUCUGCAGCAGGUUAGGAGUAGAAGCAGCAACGUCUCCUCAUACUGGAGUUUGGGUCGGAGACAACAAGAUCUGCGCCAUUGGAAUCCACUGUGGCCGCUACAUCACGUCUCACGGUUUGGCUCUGAACUGUAACACGGACCUAUCAUGGUUCAGCCACAUUGUUCCCUGUGGGAUUGAAGGGAAAGGCGUGACAUCGUUGAGCAGAGAGCUGCAGAGAGACGUCAGUGUGGAGGAGACCAUCCCUCACCUUCUGGACGCCUUCGCAGAACAUUUCCUCUGUCAGCUGACUGAAGGAGAAAGGCCCGAACAGAACAGUGGAGUGUCGUCUACAUAAAAACUGUUUAAAAAAAGACUUUUUAUUGAGUACCAGUUACACUAAAGUUGGAAAGUAUACCUCAUUGUGUUUUAGUUUUUUUUCUU